AUGGUUGACGAAUGCUGGCGAUUAAACCUAAAAGAGAUCCACGAUGUGCUCAUCACCAUCGCCAAAGAAGCGGGCAGCAUAAUCACCGGCGCAAAGCCCCUCACCGAUGGAGUCGGAUCUAAGAAGAACUCUGUCGAUCUCGUAACCGAAACGGACAAAGCGGUGGAGAAGAUGGUCUCGCACACACUAUGCGCCAAAUACCCAACAUUCAAGUUCCUGGGCGAGGAGACCUACGAACCCGGCAUGCACCUGACGCACCACCCGACCUUCAUCUGCGACCCCAUCGACGGCACCACCAAUUUCGUGCACCAGUACCCCUACGUCUCCAUCUCGCUGGGUUUCGCGUGCAACAAGGAGCCCGUGGUCGGAGUCGUCUAUAACCCGUUCACGGGGCAGCUGUACACCGGUGUGAAAGGUGAAGGGUCAUAUCUGACCAACACCACAAGCGGGGAAAGGCAGAGGUUACCUCUCAAGACACCCCUGGAGCCGCUUGGACGCUUGAGCGAUACGCUGGUGGCGAUCGAAUGGGGAAGUGAUCGCGAAGGGCCAAACUACGAGAACAAGGUCCAGACGUUUGGGAAUUUGGGCAGAUCCAAGGAGCAUGGAGGCGCCAUGGUCCAUUCUUUGCGCAGUUUCGGUAGCGCGGCGUUGAAUCUCUGCGGUGUGGCGUCUGGCUCACUGGAUCUCUACUGGGAGGGUGGGGCUUGGGCGUGGGAUUUCUGUGCUGGUUGGGUGAUCUUGAAGGAGGCCGGCGGCAUGAUCGUGGAUGCCAAUCCGGGCAGGUGGGAGAUUCCGGUAGAUCACCGUAUGGUGCUUGCGGUGAGGCCGUCACCAGACGGACAGGGUCAGAGAGAGGUGGUGGAGGAGUUUUGGUCGUUUGUUGUUGGCAAGAUGGACUACGUUCACUGA